AUGGCGUCACAAACUCCUCCAGCCAAACGAGCCGACGGCCAAGGAAGCAUCGACGACGACGUGCUCUACGAGAUCCUGCUCAGUCUCCCGGCGAAGCUGCUAUGCCGCCUCCGUGCCGUCUGCCGGUCUUGGCGGUCCCUCCUCUCCGCUCCGUCAUUCAUCGCCGCCCACACAGCGCGCCAAGCUGCCCCACUUCUCAUCGUCCACGUGCACGAUGCAUCUUCCCUCAACGUCCAUGUCCUAGACACAUCCUCUGGCCAAGUCGACAAACGGAUACGUGUCAAGACGCAGAGUAGCACUACGUGGGAUCACAAUUCUUUGAUGCUGAUGCGCACCCCCCACGACUUGCCGCUGGUUCACCUCCCUUGCGCAGACGACGAGCUUCGACUCCGGGUGCUUGACCCAGUGACGGGUGCCGAUUUCGCGUUACCUGAUGUCGACCACGAUAAACAGCACUGCUAUAGUGCAUUGUUUAUGAUCGGUAAAGUGUCGAGCGGAGACUACAAGGUGUUGUGCCUUAGUAUGUGUACGUCCGUGUCCAAUGGACAGCAGCUCUGCAAGGUUCUCAACCUCUCGGGCGACCGUCGGUGGAGAGACACGGCGUGCCCGCCGGCCAUGGUCAGGAUGGGCCGCCUGGACGGGGCAGCCGUCAAUGGGGUCGCUUACCUCUUGCUGACCACCAUACACCGCCGUCGUCUGCAGGGUUCCAACGGAUGUAUCGUGGCAUACGACCUGGAGAAGGAGGCAUGGCGGCCAGCUUCUCUGCCAAUCCCGGUACCCAGCAACAAACAACGGCCAAGAGACAUGUUCCACCACGUCUUGGCCGAGCUGAGCGGCUGCUUGGCCCUACUAUACGACGACGGACACUCGUUUAUGGAGUUGUGGUUUCUCGUGGACCCUGACAAGGUUACCUGGUCUAAGCAGUGCACCAUCACCGUGCCGUAUCCUUAUCAGGGUGUCGGAUAUCGGGGGGAGCCCUUGUGGUUGCUAGAUGAUGGGAGGCUCAUCAUUUGGAUUUGGAGGUCUCCAGAAUUUUCCAACGUAUUGUGUAUGUAUGAUCCAAGAACCAUGACCUAUACGGAUGUGACAGAGAUGCCAAACAGCACGCCAGGAGGAGUGUACACUGGGAGCUUGUUGGGUGGAGGGAGUUUUCACCUUCUCCACCAAGGAGGUUUAGUACAAGUACAAUGA